UUGGUGUUCUACUUUAACCUGUUGGCAAGUUGCGCACUUUGCAACAAACUCAGCUAUAUCCUUCUUCAUACCACCCACCAAUAGAUUUUCGUAAGUCACGGUACAUCUUGGCAGCACCAUAUCGCGCACCAUUCGCUUCAGCCAUAAUUCUCUACCUCAACUAAUCAACACAAGGCACGCAUAAUUCUUGGUCAAGUAUUAUUCUUUUGAUAUUCUCACUCCAUAACAAUCACCUGGACUGGAUUAUUGUACCAUUUUACCAUACUUGACACACACUAGGGUGGCCGGCGUUGGGAAUAUUCUAUUGCUAAGAAAAAGGGGAAGGAAUGAAUUGUUGAGUAGCCAAUGGAGCAGCUUCAGUAGAGUAUCAUCACCAUUUCCCUUACAACAAGCGCAACUCAAUAAGGCAUUAAACUUGAACAACAAACACUCUUGCUUUACCAAUUCAUCAAUGGAGGAUUCCACUUCCCAGGCUCACCAAUCGCCAUUUCAGUUUCUCACGAAGAAGACUUAUGAGCCUCCUCACUGGGCUUCCCAUCUUAGCCCUAUUCCUUCCCACACUUUUUCACUUGGUCAUUUUUCGACUCCAAUUCGCAAGUGGAACUUGCCUAAUUUGCCCAAGGACACUGAGGUUUGGUUAAAGCGUGAUGAUCUGUCAGGAAUGCAAUUGAGUGGAAACAAGGUCAGAAAGCUGGAAUUCUUGUUGGAAGAUGCUGUAGCACAGGGCGCUGACUGCAUAGUGAUAGGUGGCAUACAAAGUAAUCACUGUCGUGCUACUGCUGUCGCUGCUAAGUACUUAAACCUUGACUGCUAUCUCAUCUUACGCACUUCAAAGGUAAUACAAGUACGACCACGGAGAUGGAUGCAUGUGAGAAUGUAAUGAACCCGGGGCUUGGAGUGUGCGAGUGAAGGACUUAAAACACACCAAACCGACCCUAAUCUCAUACUUGGAGUGUAAAGAGGAGCCUUGGAACACAACAAGGCAGCCCCUAAAUACACUUGAAGGGAGCCUAGCUCUUAAAAAGGCAUUUUGGAUAUUUUGUAUUUUAUUUGUAACCUAGUAUAAAUAGAACAUUGUAGGGCUUUUAGACUUAGAUUAUUCAUGAUGUUGUAAGUCUUGAAACACAAAGAAACACAAGUCCUCUCUCCUUGAGGCACCAAAACCGAAAUUAGGCAUAGAGAGUAUGGAAUCACUCUUGUUGAUCUCAUGGCUUGGAAACGUGAUGCUUGGGAGGUGGAUUCUGGCCUUGUGUCUUCAUAAGAGAUAGAUGAAUGUUGUGUGUAGUGUUAAGGGUCCAAGAGUGGAAUAUGCUCUUGGGUUCUUAAGAUUAUACCUUCAUUAAGUCUAUCUAACUAUCCCUUUACUUUUAUUGUAAAUUGUAAUAGUUUGUGUUCUUGUAACCGUUUCUAUCUCUUGUUAAUAAAACCGUGUGCUGUUCCUAUCUUG